AUGCCAACGCCGUCCGCUUCUUCGGCCACGGGACUCUCAUCCUCCGAUCCGAUCCUCGACCGCCUCGCCUCCUCCGAUGGAUCGGUGAAAUUCAGAGCCAUCCGCGAGGUGAAGAACCACAUCAUCGGAAACCGAACUAAGAAGCUCUCAUAUAUCAAGCUCGGCGCCGUCCCUGCAGUCGCCGCUGCGCUCGCCGAUUCCGACCCCAACCUCAUUGUCCAGUCCGCCGCCGCACUCGGCAGCUUUGCCUGCGGAGUAGACGCCGGCGUCCGCGCCGUCCUGGACGCAGGAGCUUUUCCUCGUUUGAUUGGACUCCUCUCCGCUCCCGAUGAGAAGGUGGUGGAUGCUGCUGCUCGUUCUUUAAGAAUGGUUUAUCAAUCAAAACUAGCUCCAAAGUAUGAUUUUUUUCAAGAGGAAAACAUGCAAUUUCUUCUUUCAUUAUUGAGAAGUGAGAAUGAAAAUCUUACUGGGCUAGGUGCUGGCAUUGUUAUUCAUUCUUGCAAGACAAUUGGAGAACAAAAUAUAUUAUGCCACACUGGUGUUUUAGAGAAACUUUCUAGUCUUCUUGAUGGUUCUCUAAGUCAGCGAGAUGCUAGUCUAGAGUCUUUAGCUGCAAUAAUUAGAGACAACCCAGCAGCUGUCUCUAACUUCGUGGAACUUCGAUGUGGAAGAGCUUUACGUUCUGUUACUGAAUUAACUAAAGACAAAUAUCCUAGAACAAGGUUACUAGCCUGCUUGUGCUUGAUUUCUGUGAAGAAUUCUUCGACUUGCUAUCUUCAAGACAUAGGAAUCAAGACCAAAUUGGUAUACAUUUUGCUUGAGCUACUCGAUGAUUCUGGUCAAGUUGGAGAUGAAGCUUCUUUUGCUUUCUCAAGUUUAAUUGCAGAGAAGGAAGAUUUGCAGAAGUUAGCGUUUGAGGCAAAUGCUAUUAAUAAGUUCCACUGCCUUUUGCAAAAGCAUCCCGUACAACCUAAACGGCUUGAAGGGGUAUUUCUGGCCUUGGCUGAUCUUUGCUCAAAAUUGGAGUGCUGCAGGUCUAGUUUUCUUUCAUUGCAGGUCUUGAAUCUAGUAAUUGAUGCCCUAACUCAUGAGGACCCCAGUGUUCGCGCUGCAGCUUGCAUUUGCUUGAGAAGCGUCUCUCGCUCAAUCAAGAAUUUGAGUGCAGGUCGAUUUAUGAAUGAAAGGGUUGUCUUUCCUUUGGUUCAGCUUCUCUCUGAUCUAUCUACUUCUGUCCAGGUUGCAGCCCUUGGUGCCAUCAGUAAUAUAGUGGUUGACUUUUUGCCGCACAAAUCAACAUUCAUACAGUGUGGGGGCAUUAAGGAGCUUGUGCAACUGACCAAGUCGAUGGAUUCAUCUUUAAGAUUAAAUGCUGUAUGGGCAUUGAGGAACAUGGUAUUCCUUGCAGACACAAUAUGCAAGGAAGGAAUUUUCACGGAGUUAACAGCAUCUUCAAUGGCUAGUCUUAUUUGUGAUCCUGAACCUUCUGUUCAAGAACAAGCUCUGGCCCUUGUUCGCAAUUUUGUUGAUGGAUGUCUGUACUCUGUUGAACAUGCUUUUGCUGAAGAUGGUAUCAUACUAGAUGCUGUUGGAAGACAAUUACAAAAAUCUUCAAAAAUUGAAAUUGGGAUACAGGGUAUGUAUAUUCUCAGCAAUAUUGCAAGUGGCAAUGAGUUUCAUAAGGAAGCAGUUAUGCAGCUACUCUUCCCUCAAGAUGAUAGUGGGUCUCACUCUUUCUUCGAGCAGAUUUUGCAGAGUCAUGACAGCCGCUUACGCACAGCUGCAGUGUGGGUUGUAGUAAACCUCACUUUUCCUGCUAGUCCUGGUGCAUUUGGCCGGAUUGUAAAUCUGCGUAGUUUUGGCAUUGUUUCUCGGAUAAAGAAGAUGGUCAAUGAUUCUUGCAUGGAUGUGAAGCUUCGUGCGAGACUUGCACUUGGGCAGAUUAUUACUUUUGGUGAUAGCUAA